AUGGCAGUGGGUCUUUCUGAAACUCAGGCUAUUGCAUAUAUUGAGCGGCUGGGUAUCGGUUUUGAUAGUCUAGGUAUUGUGGUCGCUUGCAUUAAUAGUCCCACUAGUGUCACUAUUUCAGGCAAUGAAAUGCAUAUCAACUCUCUUGAACAACUCCUUGUGAAAGAUUCUAUCUUUGCUCGCAAGUUGAAGGUCAACCAACGUUGGGUAUCACUCGCGGAAGCCGAUUUCUACCAAGAUCUAGCCCCUUUCCUAUACGCUAACAUCCGACAAUUAGCCCACGCAGAAGCAGACUGGAUCGACAAGAUAGUCGACAAGGAAUAUCUUCAGAGACUUUCAAAUCGUUUUGAGCAGUUCAGCAGUGAAGUUCGCUUUUAUGUCGAGGUAGCUCGCUAUCUUCUUCCAAUUUACGUGGAGAGUUGA